AUGGUCGCGAAGAGGAUUGCUCUCUUCUGCCUCGCGCUGGGCAUCGCGGGUCAAGUGACUCAAGAUGCUACCGCCCACUUUCUAAAGACGGCCUUCUCACGACGACUUGGUCAUCGCAAUGCACGUCAUGUUCUUCUGCAUCAAUCCAGUUACGUCUCCGCAGGAGGUGCAGAAGUGGCGAGCAGUGAUAAAAGUGCUACGCCGAUGAGUUUCGGUUCACUGCCGCCCGAACCGCCCGGACAUCCUGCGUUGCUGCAGCAUUCCACAGCAGGGCUGAGUCCCGCAGCGCUGGAACUUCUUAACGGGGAUUCUCCCUCAGAGGAAGAGAGCAAGAAAAUCAUGCUUGAACUGGUCUCUAGCAGCCUCACGGAGCAACAAUUACCGGAUACGGAUCCUGUCAAGAACGCGCUAAUGAAACUCUACCCGCCCGGCGCAACAAUAGAACUCCGUUCGCUGGAGCCAGGACCGCCGCCGCAGACAUUCAUCGCUGGGCGGGUGACGAAUCGAGGCGGGUUCGGUGUAGUGAUGAAGGUCAAGAGUAAGGCAACUGGCCAGGAGUACGCUAUGAAAUUCCUUUACAAACCGUUGGCAAGUACCAUGGAGAUGCUCAUCGCCGGUAAACAGCUAGAGGAAAAUUUCGCCGAGGAGAUGCAAUCAGUGAAAAUAUUUGCGGGCCUAGGAGUGUCUGCAGAUGAGCUCGUGAGCGAGUAUCAUGUCGCAGUGCCAAGCUUGGUAGGACAGAUAGAGACGACCCGUCGAGGGAACAUGAUGUCUUCCGGCAGCGUGGCGUUUUCUACUAAAGUGGUUCUCAUGCCGCUUCUUGUUGGCUCCCUUGAGAAACUGCCACAACUGUCUACUCUUCAGCAGAGGGCGCUUCUACGCCAGGUCGUUACCGCUGUUGCAGGCAUCCAUAGGCUGAAAUUGAGCCAUGGCGACGUGAAAGGUAGUAACAUGAUGGUGGCGCAUGAUGGCUCAGUGACGCUUAUUGAUUUUGGGACAGUCUGUCCAUUCCAAACGACUCAGGAAAUAUCGACACUUGUCUCAACUCCUCUGUUUGUUUGCCCUGAGCUCGCUCAUGCCAUACUCACCAAUACCCCCUAUACUGCCGACCAGAGGACGGACAGCUGGGCGGUGGGGAUUCUAGUUUUCACUGCUGUUUGUGGCAAUGAUAAGAUGCCGUAUAAUCUUCAACGUUUGACUGAAAAGCCUGGAAACUUCGAGGCACUUUAUAGGGCCAUUACUGGAGUGAAGAAUUCCCAGUGGUCGGUGGCGGACUGCCCGGCGGAGGCUGAUUCGGUCACGUUGGAGGUCGUGCGUCUGCUUCUCAACACGGACAGCGACCGCACCUCCGUUGGUGAUCUCGCUGAAACGUACCUCUUUUUCCGGAGUAGUCCUCCGUCACCUACUGAUUCUAGUGCAGUUUCGGGACAGGGGAUGUCGCCCUCCUCGGUGUCCUCUGGUACGCUGUCAACAACCAAGUCUUCCCUACCUCAAGAACCUGCAGAGCCUUCCCCUCCGCCUUCUGGGGCGAAGUCUUCAACGUCUCAGCAGGAUGCGGCUUCUUCUUCUCAAGAACCCCAUACACCUCAAGACGCCGCGGAGGCGUCGACUUCUCACCAGUCGCCAGGGCCUGCCCCACCCCCAAGCAGUGGAGAGCAACCACUGCACAGUACGGUGUCGUCGUCGCCGGUCGUCACCUUCCAUUUUGAUGUGUCGUCUAAAUCCGGUGAGAUAAAGACUGAAGCGGACACGCCCGACGAUGGACCGGCACACCAGUCGCCGGGCCUUUCCAAAACACCAGACGGCGAGCAGCCAGGAUCCCGCAUUCCGGUGCCGAAGUCCACCCAUGCGAGCCCGCGCCGGGCAGGGCUGUCGCCGGCGUCCGAGGCAGCGAAAACAUCACAAAGUCCAGCAAAGGAGGCUUUUCCGGCGGCACCUGUUCACGCUGUGGUGGCUAAGGGUGCAGCUGCUGUGCGGCUUUCCCGAAUUCCACGACGGAAACCGUUAGUGCAGCUGCAUACCCCCGGCGGCAUGUUCGGGCUCAGUCCUCAUCCGGCUGUGCGGCGUACACACGCCCAACUGCCCAGGCCCCUGGCGCCUGCUAGGCAUGGGCAAGCUGUAGUAGCGCCAUACCUUCGCAGACGCACACCCUCCGCCGCCCGCCCUCCUUGGCGUCCAUAG